AUGUUAAUUUUAGCAUCACUUGGUAGUUGGUUACCUUUUGCAAUUGUUGGUUUGUUCAUUAUAUUCUUUUCAAUUAUAUUUAUAUUACGUUAUCAACAAAAACAAAAUCGAGAUUAUUUAAUUACAUUAGUUUGUUCAACAUCAUUGAUUAUUGCUUUAUUAACAUCAAGUUUAUUACCUACUGAUGUUAUUCUUGUAUCAUUUAUGAAAUAUCCAAAUGGAACAUUUAAAGAAUGGACAACAAAUCAAACAACUCGAGAUCAUAUUCAAAAAUAUGUGGAAAUUGGAUAUUAUGUUCUAUAUGGUCUUAUUAUUCUGAUGGCGUUUCUUAUUAAUCCAUUUCUCUUUUUUUAUUAUGAAGAAAAAGACGAACAAAUAGAAACAUCAAAAAGGAUACGUUCAGCAAUUAAAUGGACAAUUGGUUUUUUAAUUUUUCUUAUUAUUUUAAUUAUACUUGGAAUAUUUGUUCCUCAAUUAGCAACAUUACCAUCAGAUAAUUCAACAAGUGAAUGGGAUCAUGUGAAAUAUCUUAUCGAUCACUUUGAUAGUUCAAGAGUUGAAGAUUCAAUUUCAUUUGCAAUAUUUACUUUAAGUAUUAUUGGAUUUAUUCUUUUAACAAUCUAUACAGGUUACGGUUCAAUUGCUUGUCCAAUAUCAUUAAUUCGUGGUAAACGAAGUGCACGUUUACAACAAGCAACUAUUGAAGAACAACGUAUUGAAAUACAAAAUCAAAUACGAAUAUUAAAAACUCGAUAUCCACGUCAUGUUCCAAUGCCAGCUAAUGAAAAACGUAAAUUAGCUGAACUUGAACAACAAGAUGCAGCUUUAUGUCGAAAUGAAGAAUCAAUAAUAAUUGUUCGACAAAGUUUUUGUUUUAAAUGUCGUUAUAUAUAUCGACCAAUACAAAUUAUUCUUGGUGGUUUUUUAUGUUUCCUUGCUAUACUUAUAUUUAUUUCACUUUUAUUAAGUAAUAUUAAUAAAUGUAUUAAUUUUGUAAAUUUUAAACAAAUAUUUGCACAAGGCAAUCAAACAUUACCAAAUCCUAUUGAUCUUGUUUUAAUAUGGACUGGAAAAUUUUAUCCAAUCAGUUAUAUUUUUCUAUCGGGUUUAAUGGUUUAUAUUAUAUUAACAUCUCUUUAUGGUUUACAACAAAUUGGUAUUUGGUAUUUUUGUAUUCGAAUGUAUCGAUUUUCUCGUGGAAGAACUAAACCACAAGCUAUAUUAAUGCUUUGUUCAUUAUUAAUGUUUAUUGUUGUUGCAAUUAAUGUAUUUGUAUAUCUUCUUAUACCUCAAUAUGCAAUUUAUGGUGAUCAACAUUAUUCAUCAAUUAAUAAUAACGGAACGAUUAUUGUUGAACCAUGUACACAAUUUGUAACAACAGAUCAAUGUCAAAUGACUGUAAUGGGUCGUAUUAUACUCCGAUUUUUCUAUAAAGUUUGGUUUUUUGGCGCAAUCUAUUUUUGUCUUAGUUGGUUAUUUCUUCUUAUCUUUGCCGGUAGUUUUAUAUUGAAAUUAAUUCGUAAUCGUGAAUCAAAUAUUCAUGAAUAUACUGUUGAAAGUGUAUUAGAAAACGAUGAUGAAAAUGAAGAUGAACCAUUAAUUGAAUAA